AUGGUUGGGAAAAUUCUCGACUUUGAAUGCGCCGUCAUCACAGGCGGCGCGGGUGGACUGGGCUAUGCUAUGGCCGAGUACUUUCUCACCCAAAGCAAAAAGGUCAUCCUCGUCGGUCGAACCGAGUCCAAGCUGGUGGAAGCAUCCAAGAAGCUCUCCAAUGCUCCUUUCUACGUGCUCGAUACGGGCAACGUGGACGACAUUCCUGCAUUCACCAAGAAGGUGCUGGCUGAACACCCGGAAGUCGACUGCCUGAUCAACAAUGCCGGUGUGCAGCGUCCUCUCGAAGUGCAGAACCUUGCACUCGACAAGGUGGACAACGAGAUCAACAUCAAUAUCCGCGGUCCCGUCCAUCUCGCCACCGCGUUCCUCGACCACCUCAAGACCAAGAAGGUCGGCGUCAUUAUGAACGUCAGCUCCGUGCUUGGCUUCGUGCCGUACUCUAUCAUUAACCCUGUGUAUAACGCGGCGAAAGCGUUCGUUCACUUCUGGUCCGAAGCGCAGCGUGUGCAGCUCAAGAAUACCAACGUGCGCGUUGUCGAGAUCGUGCCCCCGAGUGUGGGUACCGAUCUGCACAGGGAGCGCGAGAACCCGGACGACAACAAGAAGCAUCUCGGCGCCAACUCGCUGACGGUCGAGGAGUUCAUGGAUGAUCUGGUCAAGGGUUUGAAAGCGGACCAGGACGUCAUCAGCGCUGGUUCGGGGAUCGCGCUUGUCGAGAAGUGGGACAAAGCGUUCCGUGAGCAGUUUGAUGCUGCUGCUGCCAAGUACCAGCCCAAGUGA